UGUCGACGCACCUAACGCCAUCUGUUGGCAGCCGCGAGAACUAACGACGACCAUGGAAGGGAUGCGCGAGGGCCGGCGGCCGCCACCCUCCUACCAGCACCGUCACUCUCUCAUCUACCUCGACUUCACACAUUGCCAAUUACUUGUACCUCUGUAUUUUUUGAAAAUUAUAAUAAAUUUAAAUUCAAAAUUAAACAAAUACCAAAAUUCAUUGAAGAGUUCCCUGCCCGCUGAUAGCUAGCCUAGGAUCCAAGUCAGUAGCCGCAACAUAUUGGACCUCCAUCGCCGGACUCAUCGCAGAACCAGCUCAGCAUCACGGUCAGGCCAGUAAACCCUUCCUUCCCUCCUCAACCAUUCUUCGAUUUGUGCUAAUACAGUGUUUAUGUGCAAAUUCCAGUGAUUACCUACAUACGCGCGACCGCUACGGCUGUCCGAGCGCCGACCGCGCGCCACGUGUCGAACCUUCUAGAACAACUACCCCAAUGAUCUACUCCCACUCACACCAGCUCACUUCCUCAUUGGCCGACCGCUCACCGCUCCAGCUGGCGAAGACCUGACGGCUACUCCAACGCUGCGCCUAUCACGCUAUGAUCGCGUGGAGCAGAUGCGGCAGAACUUCUGGACGAGAUGGUCGAAGGAAUACGUUUCUGAACUCCAGAAGAGAACGAAAUGGCAGACACACAAACACACCCUGAUCCCUGAUACCCUCGUCCUAAUCAAGGAGGACAACGUACCGCCACUUCAAUGGCGCCUGGGACGAGUGCUGCAGACCUUCGCCGGGGGCGACGGCAUCUCACGCGUGGCCAGCAUCAAGACGGCCACAGGCAUCAUACAGCGGUCAUUCUCCAAGAUAUGCCCGUUGUUUCCUCAAGAAGAUGACCCACUGAUGACCCAUACACCUCUUUGGAACCAACCGGGUGCUUCCAAGGCCGGGGGCAUGUCGACGCACCUAACGCCAUCUGUUGGCAGCCGCGAGAACUAACGACGACCAUGGAAGGGAUGCGCGAGGGCCGGCGGCCGCCACCCUCCUACCAGCACCGUCACUCUCUCAUCUACCUCGACUUCACACAUUGCCAAUUACUUGUACCUCUGUAUUUUUUGAAAAUUAUAAUAAAUUUAAAUUCAAAAUUAAACAAAUACCAAAAUUCAUUGAAGAGUUCCCUGCCCGCUGAUAGCUAGCCUAGGAUCCAAGUCA